UGCUGUUGCAUAUGAGUCAGCAACUAAACUUUUCUCUGCCUUUAAUAUUUUGUUUAUUCUAUGUAUGUGAUUUUCGAUUUGUUAUAAGGGGAUAAACGGGAUGAAUUUCUCAUUUUAAACUGGUAUUGCACCUACAUAAUCUGUUCAUUACAAAACUGUAUUUGAACGGUUGUCAUAAGGGCGCCCAAUUAUUUCAAACUUUUUCUGCGAUUAUUCCUCUACUAACAAAAAAUUUUGACAAAUAUCAAUCAAAUAACUUUCAGAAUGACUUCAAAAAUUAUUUUUCUCUGUAUUAUUCUUUUAAUUUUAAUUCAACUUGCAUCUGCGGAUUUCUCAUGCUUUUUUGGAGAUUUCAUUUGUAAGCAUAUUACUUGCCGGAAUUGCGAAAUAGCAACUUGCAUCACUGGAGACUGCGUCUGCACAAUUUGCACAUAAUGGAUGUAACACUUUUGGAAAAAUGAAACGUUACCUCCGGUUUCAAUAAUUUAACUUCAUAUUUAUGUAUAAGAACCAAUGAAUCACUUUUUUAUCAC